AUGUGGCGAUCUACUCUCGUCCAACACCGGACAUUGUACCGUCCGAGCAACUCCUGGCUCGGUCGGGUCCGCCCGUUCCGUCACACGACACCGUUUUCCACAUCGUCCGACGACUCAUCAGCGACUGGAGCGCAACCGACGCCGGAUCCGCCCCGCCGCCGACGCCACCGAUUCGGUAACGUCGACAAUCUGCCAUCCUUUGCCGAAUUUCAGCAACAACAAAAAGUCCGCAAGCUAUACCGGGAUUUCGUGCGUCUCGCCUACACCAGCGUCACGGAUCGACGAGCCCAAAAAGAUAUGGUCCGACAGAUCCGUCACGAAUUUAAAACAACGUCCGCCACCACCGACGCCUGGAAUACGAAACGUGCCGUGAGUGAAGGCACGCGCCGGUAUAAAGACGUGGCUGCCAUGCUCGGCACGUCCUCCAAUCAACGACAUCCGCAAUCUGCUCCACCCAACGACGAAUCUUACGCUGUGCCGACCCGAACGUCCCAAUGGCCGUGGCAAGCCGUCGACGACCAUGGCGAGGAGGUCUAUUCGUCGAAAGCGCGACCACGCCCCUUGCCCAUUCCCAAGAAAACAUUGUAG